AUGAGCUAAAAUAAGUUUACUUUACCAAGAUUGUUUCGAUCUUGUACUUUGGUUUCUUAGAAUUAGAAUCCUUUAAACAUUUAUUUAAAUUAAUUUACAAAAUUGUUAGAUAUCUUGAAAUUAAUUUAAAUAGCUUGGAAAAGAAAUGUGAAAUAAAUAAGACUCUUUAAGAUGGAUGGUACAAAAGUUGAAGAAUGUGAUUUAAUUAAUAUCAAAAAUGGAAGUAAGCUUAUUGCAGAAUUAAGUGAAAUAUAAUUUAAACCUAAUAUAAUUGAAAAUGAGUACGAUAUAAUGUAGAAAAUUGGAGAAGGAGGUUAGGGAAUAGUAUAUUUAGGUAAAAAUAAAAUGACAAAUUAAUCAGUUGCAUUAAAAAUAAUGAGAAAAUCAAAUAAUAUGGAAAGAGAAUAAGUAUUAAAAGAAAUAACAAUUUUAAAAGCUUUAGAUCAUAAAAACAUUGUAAAAUUAUAUUAAGAACGUGUAAUAGAAAAUUAGAAUGAAAUAAUAAUGGUUAUGGAAUAUUUAAAAGGUGGUUGUCUACUUAAAUUAGCUAAUUGUAAAUAAUAAAUUAAUUUAAUUAUUUAGCAAAUUUAAAUGAAAAAAAUGCUAAACUUUAUUUAAAAUAGAUUGUUGAUGCUGUUGCUUAUUGCCAUAAAAAAAAUAUUGUUCAUUGUGAUUUGAAAUUAGAAAAUAUAAUGUUAUAAUCUUCAGUUUAAAAUGAUGUAACAAGAUAAUUAUAAUUAGAUAAAAAUAAUUGAUUUUGGAGUAUCAGAUUAUGUUGGAUAAUUAAUUUAAACUGAUGGUGUUGUAGGAACAUUAUCUUAUUUAGCUCCUGAGAUUUUAUUAUCACAUUAGAAAUAUAUAUAACCAUCUUAAGAUGUGUGGGCAGUUGGAUGUAUUAUUUAUGGAUUAGUUUUUGGAAAACUUCCUUUUGAUGGAUUAGAUUCUUAAGAAACAUAUAGAAAUAUAAUUAAAUGUAACUACAUCAUUCCUAAAAAUAAUAUAUCUAAAGAUUUAAUUAAUCUUUUUAAUUAGAUAUUUAUUAAUCAUCCUAAAAGAAGAAUUAAUAUUUUUGGUAUUUAAUAACAUCCUUGGUUUACAGAAUAACCAUAAUUAAAACUUAUUCCUUUAAAUGGUAAUCAUCGCAAAUCAACUUCUGUAGAAUCUUUAUACAAAUCUAUAGAUGAAAAUAAAAUUUUAGUUAUUAGUCAAAAAGAAACUUUUCAUAAAAGAAGAUCUGUUAGUAAAUUUGAUAAUAUCUUGGCUAUCAAUAAAAUAAAAUGA